CACACCUAUUAGAACCAUGCUGCAGGAUCAAAGCGCUGUUAUUACGGGUGGUGCCAAUGGGAUUGGAUUCAGUAUAGCUGCUGAAUUUCUCAAAAGUGGAGUUUCGCGAGUGUUAAUUUUGGACCUCGGUGAAACGUUGGAUCUGGCGAAGAAAACGGAACUCCAAGCCUGCAACGCAAAUGCAGCGAUAUUCUACGCUCAAUGCGAUAUCACCAACAAGCAACAGCUUGAGAAGGUUCUGCGCCAGGAUGCCGUUCAGAAGAUGGGAUCGAUUGACAUCCUAGUGAAUUGUGCCGGAAUCUUCGAUGAAAGGAACCCUGCACGGUGUAUUGCCACAAAUUUGACGGCAUUGAUCGAUUGCUCGAUGAUUGUGAUCGAUUUGAUGACGAAGGAAAAGGCUGGCAGGGGCGGAACUAUCGUAAACAUUUCAUCGAUUGCCGGUUUGCAAGAAUUCUCCUGUGGUGCAGUUUACUGUGCUUCAAAAAGCGGAGUGAUUAGUUUCACCAAAUCAGUCGGAACGGACCAAAUUUUUGAGCUGACAGGCGUAAAAAUGGUGGCUAUCUGUCCCGGAGCUACUGAAACAGGAAUGUACAGUAGUGUCAUGGCUGCGAACUGCUCUUUCCCUGCCUUGAAACAAAUGCAACAGUUUAUCCAGAAUAUGCCAUUGCAAAAGCCUAGUUCCGUGGGCAGAGCAGUAGUGAAGAUUAUCAAAGAAGGAACACCUGGGUCUGUUUGGAUUUCGGAAAACGAUUUAAUCUCUGAGGUUGAGCGCAAUCCCAAUAACUACUUUUGAAGAAGAAUAUUGCCCUUAAGAUUUGGACUAACUAAAAAUUAUUAUUUUCCAAAGGUUUUACUGUACAUGAUCAUUUUAAUAGUUUGAAGAUUUGAAUAAAUUUACUACAUCAUCGUGCAGCACAAAUGUUAUUUGUUCGCAUGGACAGGAAUUGCUCGCCCAGUUCUGAAUCACAGUAUUCGACACAGACACGUCCCAAAUUAGGCCAAGUCCCAAAUAGCGUCCGA